AUGAAAACCUCUCCAUAAUCAUUUUAAAGGGAAAUGGAGGAAACCGUUUGGCACACUAGAAAAUAAAGAUAAGAGACGGAGAAGGAUAUUCAAUUAAUGAAGAAUCGUCUUAAGUUAUUAAAGCGAGGGGAUGCUCAGUUAUCUAAGAGAAUUGAUGAAACUAAAAAGAAAACUUAAUCCAUGAUUGACUUAAAAACGAAUCAUCAUUAACAGAUUGAAUAGAAAAAGCUAAAUCAAAAAAAUGGUGAGGCAUAAUUGAAGGAGAAAUAGUAAUUAAAUUACGAUCAAAAAAAACAAUAAGAAGAACAACUAGAAAUGAUUAAAAAAGCAAUGGAAUAAAUUAAAUUAGAGGAAUAUAAAAAAAUUAAAGAGUUAUCAAUAAGAAAUGCUGAGAUGAUUAAUAAAUAAAAAUAAGAUUUCAUGGUUAAGAAUAGGGAAAAGAGAGAACACAUCAAAGAGAUUAUGCAUAAAUCCAAAUCCAAUAUUUCUCUUUAUUGGAAUGAAAAAUUAUCUCACAUAUAAAAAGAAAAUGAAAAAGCAAAAGUAGAAAAUAAAAAAGCAUGUGAAUAAAAUAAAGCCUAUUAAGAAAAGAUGGAAAUGGAAGAAUCCUAUAUGAUGUAGAAAUUAAUGAGAUCCCAAGAAGUGUAAAAAAAAUUAGCAAUUAAAUUGGAAAAAGCAAAGAAUUUACCUCAUGAUGAAUUUAAUUAGAUGAUUAGAGAGGAGGAAGAAAACUCUAAUAAUUUGAGAGUAAAUAAAAGUGCCGAAAUUCCAAGAUGGCUACCAACUCCAGAGAAAGACUCUGCAAUUAUCCAAGAUUUAGACACCGAACCAAAACAAGAUUCAGAUCAAUAGAAAAAUGAAGAUAAUUAACAAUAACAAGAAUGA